UUCAUAAUAACAGCAGGUCUUAUUAUAGCCAAAAGAAAAUUAAUUGAAAUAAUCAAAUUCUAAACGUAUUUCAAAACUCAUUCAAAACUGAAAAUUCUAGUUCAUUUUGUGUUAUUGCGACAUUUGGAUAUCUUCAAGUCAUAAGAAAUUUAUCGCACAAAAAAAAAUACGUUUCAAAUACCGAGCCAUCACAUUCUAAGCCUUGACCUCAUGAUACCCUGACUGACGUCACAAUUUCGGCACCGCAAAGUCUCGGCAGUUCAUCUUUUUUAACUCAAAUGAGCAUCUUUAGGAGAGGAGGCUGAAGAACUUAUGGAUAAAGGCGACAGCCAAGGACUUCAUUGUUGAGUUGACGAAUGUAAGUGGCGACACAAGCUCCGAUUUUAAAUGUUCCAUCUGCCGAAAGUCCGAGUUCAUUUUGGAAUUUCAAAAUGCUGGUCUGUCAAAGGACGAAGUACAGCUGCUGCUACAGACAAGAUAGCAGGAAACGUAGAAGAGUUUAACUUCUCUGACCAUGUGAGUGCUUUCGGAUGCAAGACUCGAUGGGAGCUCCUCCGCGCCUUGACAGUUCUUCGUCUCUGUUCCAGUGAUCUACUUGUGGAUAACAGUCAAACGCUAUUGCGAUGGUGUAAACGUUUUGGUGGAGGCCCAUUGCUUCGAUCUGUUUUGUAUGACCAAUUCGUGGGAGGAGACUCUGCUGCCGAAGUCAGACACUGCAUGAGGCGGCUUGCAAGUGAAGGCAUUCGACCCAUGCUGGCUACAACAAUGGAAGAAGAUUUGGGAGAAGGCGGAGAUGAAAGUGUCUAUGAGCGUAAUUGUAUUAGAAUUUUGGACUGUAUCAAAAUAGCUGCAGCAGAAGACAUUCCAUCGCCCAUGGUGCAACUGAAAUUGUCCGGCUUGUUGUCAGCAGAUCUCUUGGUUACAUUGGGAAAUAUCUACACUACUAGUUCAAACAAAUUAGAACUUGUCAUGACCUUGACCAGAUGCAUGAUGGGUGCUUACACCAAAAAGAUAGUACUCACAGGCACUGCACUGAAUGAAAAAGAAGAAUCCUGUUUGCUGCUUGCACUCCAAAGGUUGAAAAGAAUAGCAGACGAGGCUCAAACGCAAAAUGUAAGAAUUUUAGUUGAUGCUGAAUACACCUAUCAUAACCCGGGGUUGAGUCUAUUGACACUGGCGACAGUGGCGACAUACAACAAACAAUUCCCGUUGUUUUGGAACACCUAUCAAUGCUACCUCAAAAAUGCUGAGAAAAAACUUAAUGAAGAACUGCCUUUUGUGCUCGGGCCACUUGAAGCACACUUUGGGGCCAAAAUAGUCAGAGGCGCCUACAUGGUACAAGAAAAAAUUUAUGCCGAGAAAUUGGGCAUAGAAGAUCCUGUGUGUAAAGAUUACGCUACUACUUGUAAAAAUUAUAAUACGAUCUUGUCUUAUUUGCUGGACAAAGCGUCUGAGAAAGGGUCCCGAUGUGAAUUCAUCAUCGCAAGUCAUAAUGAAGACAGCGUUCGAUUUGCUAGCCGAAGGAUGGCUGAAUUGAAUAUUAAUCGUCGGAACGGAGGAGUUUGCUUUGGACAACUCUACGGAAUGGGAGACCACAUCACUAAUCCAUUAGCAAAUUCAGGUUUCGCAGUAUACAAGAGCAUUGCUAUAGGAAGUUUGGAUGAAGUUCUACCCUAUCUGGCUCGUAGAGCCAUCGAAAACAGAAGUGUUGUACAAGGUGCGAGGAGGGAACGAGCUCUGCUAAGGAAGGAGCUCAGAAGAAGAUUUGCGUUUUAAUUUAUUGAUGUUCACAUCAAGAAUAACAACAAAUCCAGGGACACAAUAAUACAUUCAAUGCACUACAUAAUAUAUGUUCGAAUUCAUUUUAAACUCCGUUGUAAAAUGAAGUAAAUAAAUAAGCACACGAUGGUUGCCUUGUUUUAUG